AAUUAGUAUAUUAGUCGCUAUUGUUCUGUCGCUUCUUUUGAAUUGCCACCAUCUACCUUUCGUCUCUAUUGAACAUUUUAGCGCUUUCCAGGUAGCUAUCAUGGAUAACGCAAAUCUUUGGACUCGCCGAUCCAACUCCUCUAAGUUGUCUCUGUCUAUGACGGGAACAGACGGCAAAGACGGUGCCAGAGUCGAAAUUCCCCGCACAAAGCGUUUUGGUCCUGAUAGCUCCCACGGUCGAUCGAAUCCCUUCAACGCUCUAUCUCCUCUCUCGGGCGGUGUGUCCUCCCCGUCGACGAACGCCUCCUCUGCAUUCGGCCUGGGAUCCGGCGCCUUUGCAUCUUUCGGUGCCCCCAAAACUCCCGGCGGCUCCGACCUCAAGACGCCCCUCGAGAAACGAGACAACUUAGCAGAGCAUGACUCGGCGGAGGGCGCGAAGAUGAAGGCCGCUAGUUCUACCAUCAAAGAACACCCUCUGAAGUCCACUUGGGUCAUUUGGUACCGUCCACCCACCCCUAAAUACUCCGAUUACGAAAAGUCAACCGUCCCCCUUGCAUCUAUAUUCUCCGUCGAGAGUUUCUGGUCGAUAUAUUCGCACUUGAAGCGACCCUCUCUUUUACCCACUGUUUCCGACUAUCAUAUCUUUAAGAAGGGUAUUCGGCCCGUAUGGGAAGAUGAUGCCAACAAGAAGGGUGGGAAGUGGGUGGUAAGAUUGAAGAAGGGUGUUGCUGAUCGGUACUGGGAGGAUCUUCUCUUAGCUAUGGUUGGUGACCAGUUCGCGGAGGCCGGUGAUGAAGUUUGCGGCGCUGUCCUCAGUGUACGGAGUGGCGAAGAUGUGUUGAGUGUGUGGACCAGGAUUGACGGUGGGCGCAAUAUUAAGAUCAGGGAAACGAUAAAGCGUUUGCUGAGCUUCCCAAUCGACACCAACAUUGUCUGGAAGAGCCAUGAUGACAGCAUUGCUCAACGCUCUGCCAUUGAUCAAGCUCGUCAGGAAAAGGCCGCCGGAAACAACAGCCACCACCAUCACCACCACCAUCACCACAACAAUAACAACAACAACAACAACCAACAUCACAAUCUAGGUGCAGAACGACGAAGGGUUACGGCUAAUGAUGACUCUACGGGAGAUAAAGGAAAGGGCGCGGCGUCGUGACAUGAUUAUCUGAGCAUGAUUGUGGUCCUGUAUAGUAAAGAAAACAAAAAAUAAUUGGGACGAUUUGGGAUCGGGGCAUAGGGGCGAAUACUGCGUCUGUUUUGACUUGGGCUUGAUUUCAUUUCCCGUCAUUGUUCUUUUUUACGCCAGAUGCUAUGCAAGUUCAAGGGAACUUUUCAGGGGGCGCCUGUCCUUUGGAUCUCAGAGUGAAGUGUACAGUGUAAGAGUAGUAUACCUAAGGAUCUGG